AUGAUAAACAGAUUGCAACGUGGGCGAACUACGCCAUUAAACUCUACAAGUGGAGGAGCAACCGCAACAGCAUCUCCAUCAACUUCACUUCAUCUCUCUGCUCAAGAAUCUGAUCAAGCUUUCCUUGAACGUUUGCGAGUGAAAGAAAUAAUAUCGGAUGCAAUUCUUAACGUAGCAAGAUGUAAACCUGAUGAUCCAAUUGAUUUUUUGUACAAUUAUUUUGAUGCUCAAUGUCAAACCAAACCAUUCGAUCGCGUCCUCACUCGUCUGAGAUUGGCUGAUCCCAAACAUUCCUCGUUCGAAUUAUUAUUGACAGAACUCUAUCAGAGUCUUACAAAUGUUACGACAGAUGUUGUUCUCAACGGUGAUUUAUACAACAAAUUAAUCGGAAAUUUAGCCAACACAAUAACAAUUAACGAACAUCGUUUAUCAUUAUUAGCCAAUAUUCAUUUAAGACCGAAUGAUCCAGUUAGUUUAAACGUGUUUAGUCACGGAAUACGUGCUAUACUUCUUUACAAAGGUUGGUACUUCGAAGGUCAAUAG